CAGGUACGUCGCGUAUACUCGCCUUGAAAUUCGCAGUCGUCGCGACCAACUCCAUUCCGCUUCUCAGCCGGCACCCUCUAAACCCUUCCUCUUCUACCGCCUCGAACACUGCGAAUCGCCCACCUACGCCAACCAUGGGGAAGGGAACUGAUAAGUUAUACAUUACCCAUUCCGAGUGGUCUUCCUCCGACGCCUUCUCGCCUAGCACCGGCUCGCGAACCGGCCCCAACGGUGCCUCUUUUAAACGCCUGCCCUUCAACUUCUGCGCCGCCAGCCUCCAGCCGUUCAAGAACCCCGUCUGUACCGCCGACGGAACCAUAUUUGAUGUCGAGGUCAUAUCGAAAUGGCUUGAGAACCACCAGACCAAUCCCGUCGACGGGAAACCCCUCGCAGCGCGCGACCUCAUCAAGCUCAACUUUGCCCGCAACGGCGAUGUCGAUUCUAAGGGUGCCAGUACGGGGGACAGUGACGGAAAGGGAGACCUGAUCGACCCGGUUACCUUCAAAGUCUUCACCGAUAAUACGCACAUCGUAGCGAUCCGGCAUGGGACCUACGCCAACGUCUUUGCCUGGGAGACGGUUGAGCGCAUGAACAUCAAGGCCAAGAUGUGGCGGGACCUGGUGGACGAUGUAGAGUUCGGCCGUUCCGAUAUCAUCACCCUCCAGGACCCGCAGAAUGCCGCCGCCAGAGAUUUGAGCCAAUUCAAGCAUCUCAAGGACGGUGGCGAUGCGCUCUUGACGAGAGAGCAGGAGGAAGAGAGGAAAGAGGGCAAUGUAAACAUCAAUGCUCUGGGCAGGGUGGGCGACAAGGUGUUGAGGGCGAAGGAGGCUGUCGAAAAGGCAAGAAGAGAACGCGAGGCCGCUGGCGAUGUCAACCGCUCGUCCAAGGCCGUGACUAAGGCCGCACCGGGCAAUAGUGUCCGACCGUCCAUGAUCCAGGAUAGAAAACUGGCCUACAAUGCGGCGGCGUACACUACCGGCAAAGCCGCAGCUAGCUUCACGAGUACCGGGUUGACUCCCGAAACGAGCGGCGAGCGAGCCACCCUCACAGACGAGGAAUACAUGCUAAAGCCGAAGAGGGUCAAGAUAAAAGGCUACGCGCGGAUCGAGACGAACCUCGGGGAUUUGAACAUCGAACUGCAGACCGAGUACGCGCCAAGAGCGGUUUGGAAUUUCACCCGGCUAGCUCAGAACGGCUACUACAAGGGCGUCAACUUCCACCGCAACAUCAAGAACUUCAUGAUCCAGGGCGGCGACCCGUCGGGCACCGGGCGCGGCGGCACCAGCGUUUGGGGCAAGAACUUCCAGGACGAGUUCGACGGGCCGCUGACGCACGACGCGCGGGGCAUCGUCAGCAUGGCGAACAAGGGGAAGAACACGAACUCGAGCCAGUUCUUCAUCACGUACCGGCCGGUGAAGCACCUCGACCGGAAGCACACGAUCUUCGGGAAGGUGGUGGGCGGCGCCGACGUGCUCGCCAAGAUGGAGGCGGCGCCGACGGACGGCUCGGACCGGCCGCUCAACAAGAUCGCGAUCCGCGACGUCGUCGUCUACGUCGACCCGUUCGACGAGUUCCUGCGGCAGAAGGCCGAGCGCGACCGCGCGGCCGAGGCCCAGGCCGAAGUCCGGCGCACCGGCGGCACCGAGGACGACCGCCUCACGUGGACGGGCAAGCGCGUCAGGCGCGACGGCACGGUCGACCGCGGCGACGGCGACGGAGGCGAGGAGGGCGUCGGGAAGUACCUUAAGGCCGCGAUGAGGCAACAGCAACAGCAGCGGCAGGGCGCUGCGGAUGACGGGGUCGUCGAGGAGGACGUCGACGACGUCGACACGUGGGAGGCGCCCGCCAAGAAGAAAGCUAAGGUGGGCGGGUUCGGCAACUUCGAUAGUUGGUGAGAAGGGCUGGUUGGGAAGAGAUACUGAAGAGUACAGAACCGCAUUGCAUUGCACGGCGUCUGGCGAUACCCAGGGUGAGGCUCAAUGGGCGAGACAAUAUUGAUAAUACCUAUUUUUAGCGACUCUGUUAUUAUACACAGUUUUGAAAUAUAGGGGGGGGGAUAGCUAUAAUAGCAUGACAUUGGGCCCAUUACACAAGAGAUUUAAGUAGUUAUUCAUCGACGAGUACUAAAGGCGAUGGCCUGAUCUAGGGGUUGAAGCGUCUGAAAGGUCUAGUUGGAUAGAUCA